AGACAUAGGUGACAGUGCUACGAAAGAUCAACAUCUGUACUAUAGGACUGCUAUAGAAGCCCUCGAGUGGGAGCAUGCAUAAUUUUGCUACGUACUGGUGGAGCACGGAUCAUAUUUGUCAGUGUUUAUGCUUGGGGUCUGUGGCACAAAGAGCAAGAAAGUCAGCCGGCGGCAUCGAAAAACAGGUAUUUUUUUCUACUCGGUGAGUUUGGGGUUUGGUAGGGUGCUCUGGAAUCUGGGUAUGGCCGUGUCCGAUCGGCAAGGAAGUUCUACUUUUAGGCACCCACAUUGAGCAGCCAUAGAAAAGGGAAAAAACAAAGGAAAAAAAGAAGAGAAAAAAUGGUGAAGUUGAUUCAAGGGGAACCAGGGGAGUCGGAAGAAGGCUAUGGAAAUGCCUUGUCGCAGCGCCUAGAGAAGGUUCAGUUCAAGACGCUAAAGCCACUGCUGUGGAAGUCACUGACGCAGGAACCGUUCCUCUCCGACCUCUCGCAGAUGGGUCUUUCCUGCUUCUUCCAGUCCAAGUUUGUCCGGGGGGACGAGGCGCUGUGCCGAGAGUUUCUAUGCAGCUACAAGAAGCAUGGAUCAGGGUAUGUGAGGCAGGAAGUUGUCCAGACGGGCCCGAAGAUCGUCCAGGUGGUUCUCAAGCUCCCUCAUGGCGGGAAGGCAGUGAAGGAAGUUCCCAAGCUCACCUCUGAAGAGCUCUACAGCAUGUACAACGGGCCAACCGUCAAGGUGAAGCACAACGGCUUUAGCGUCAAGGCGCUGUCCGAUCCCCACUUCAAGGAGUUUGUGAGUUUCAUGGUGGACCGGAUGAGCUGCAAGGUGAACUGCACGUACGUGAGUGCGGAGAUUUUGUACGCGGCCAAGUAUGUCUGGGAGACCAAGGCCGUGCUAGACUGGGCCGGAUAUAUGAGUCACAGGAUCCAAGCUCAGUGUGAGAAAGUCCGGGGAACGUCCCAGAGCGCGUUCGAGUACACACAGUAUCUCACUCAGAUCAUACACUAUCAGCUGGGAAUGGCGAGGGACGACGAGUUGCUCGUAGAUACCGGAUUGGGAAUGGAGUCGCCUCCCGUCGUCCAUGCUCUGAAAGUCCAACGCCCAAAGGAUCAAGCGAUGGGAUUGGAACUAGCUAGCUCUGGUCGUGACGGUGAUGGAAGCACCGUCCAGCAGCAGCACUCUGGAGUAAAUGGUGGAGAGAAACGGCCGAGGAAACAGCACGAAGCAAAAGGUGCCGCGAAGAAGCAAAAGAGUAAUGCUCGUGAAGGGCCCGAGUAUGCUCUAAACCUGCUAGAGAAAGUGACUGACUGGAUUAGAAGUAAUGGCUCCGAGCAACAAAACCGUGGGAUUGAGCAGCAGGCUGAGAAGAGAGUUACUCAGCUGGAAUCAGAGCUAGAUGAGAUCAAGCGUCGCUGCGAAGCCGAGCACCAGCAACAGGUGCAAUGGGAGGUGCAGCUUAAUCUCGUCCAGCAGGAAAAGAUUGUGUUGCAGGACCAAGUGCAAGCUCUGGUCGCUCAGCAGGCAGCUUUGAGGCAGCGCCUGGAGGUGUCCGAAAGGGAGAGGCUCCAGCUCCAGGCCUACUUGUCUCGGGCUAUAAACGGGAAGAAAGACGAUAGCUUCUUCAGGGAUCAGCCGAAAUAGAGCUCCCUUGAAGCAUCGGGAGUUUGCGUGUACCACUAGACUUGGCUUCCGUGCGCAGACUGCUGCUCCACGUAAAAAGGAAGUUCGUCCAAGCAUUUCUAGCCCAUGCAGGAACACUGAUCACUAUUUCGAGAGGAUGGGGAGUUCUCUUGUACCAGACCUGGCUUCCGACGGUUGUGUUCUAUGUUGUUGCUCCACGUAAAAAAGGGUGCGUGUGGAGGAACACUGGUCUAACAACGUGAAUGAAUCCUUUCGAGAGAACUUCGCAGUUAAAACAUCUACGGCUGGAACCGAGAGGUAUGUCUCUUCUUUACAACGAAACACAGGACCUCUUGAGACGAAGGCGAAGAAGGGGCCUUUGGUUGAUAAACCCUGGGGGGUGGGGGAAGUUUUCUCUAUAGGGUUCUUGGAGGCAUGACAUCGCCCCCGAAUCUGGCAAAGUUCCUCAAGCCGUAUGUGCUCAAGGUGCAGCUCUUCAGCCGGCACAUGACCGCUCAUGUGAUCCACCGCAUCACCACGCGCACGGUGGCAAUGUGCGACUCGAGAGAGGCCCAGCUGCGGGAAGAGAUGGCCCAGCUCGAGUCCGUGGCCCGGGCCGCCAGGGUGGGCGAGCUUCUAGCGUCCAGGCUCAAGCUCAAGGAGGUGAAAGAGGUGGUUUUCCAGAUGGAGGAGGAGAUGAGAAAGGUGGAGGAGGCUAACAAGCAGCGGAUGCUCAGGGCCUUUUCGAGCAAGCUCGUCGAGGGCGGUGUAGAUUUCGUGUAGAGGUUCUAGAGGUGGACGGGCGAUGCGGGACAAGGGAGAUUUCUUGCUCAGCAACAUCUUCUAUGGAGAUGGGAAAGGAGAGAAGGUUUUCUUUUUUGUUUUCUCGGCCCUCGUCGCGUUUUGGGUCUCCUCGAUGCGUUUUGGGUCUCCUCGAUCGAUCGCUGCCUGCAUUUUGAGAAAUUGGAAGAGAGGAACAAGAGAAAAGAGAGAGAAGUUCCACCACUGUAAAAUAAUAACUCCUUGCAUUUCAUGAAGAUCAAAGCUUUUGGUC